UUUGCCUCUUCCCUCGCUUUCCGAGAGCCGAAGGGGAUCUCCGCGCGACUUCGAGCUCUUGCAGCAGGAGGAGAAGGCGGAGAUCUAGAACAAAAAUGGCAAGGGGAUUGAAGAAGCAUCUGAAGAGGCUUAAUGCCCCAAAGCAUUGGAUGCUGGACAAGCUUGGUGGUGCCUUUGCCCCCAAGCCAUCUUCUGGCCCUCACAAAGCAAGGGAGUGUUUGCCCCUCAUUCUGAUCUUAAGGAAUAGGUUGAAGUAUGCUCUUACUUACCGUGAAGUCAUUGCAAUUCUGAUGCAAAGACAUGUAAUGGUUGAUGGAAAGGUCAAGACCGACAGGACCUAUCCAGCUGGUUUCAUGGAUGUUGUGUCAAUACCUAAGACUAAUGAGAACUUUCGGCUCCUCUAUGACACCAAGGGGCGAUUCCGUCUCCACUCGGUCAGGGAUGAGGAGGCUAAGUUCAAGCUAUGCAAGGUUCGGUCUGUUCAAUUUGGUCAGAAAGGCAUUCCUUAUCUGAAUACAUACGAUGGCCGCACCAUUCGUUAUCCAGACCCCCUGAUUAAAUCUAACGACACCAUUAAGCUUGAUCUGGAGACUAACAAGAUCGCCGACUUCAUUAAGUUUGAUGUUGGAAAUGUUGUCAUGGUGACUGGUGGAAGGAACAGGGGACGUGUGGGUGUUAUCAAGAACAGGGAGAAGCACAAGGGUAGUUUUGAGACUAUCCACCUCCAAGACGCACUUGGUCACGAGUUUGCAACUCGCAUUGGCAAUGUUUUCACCGUUGGCAAGGGGACAAAGCCAUGGGUUUCUCUUCCCAAAGGCAAGGGUAUCAAGCUCAGCAUCAUCGAGGAGGCUAGGAAACGGCUUGCUGCAUCUGGUACUGCUGCUACUGCCUGAUCAUUUAGCAUGCUUCCAUAUUUUGUCAGGGAUACUCAGAUAUUCUUUGUGGACGUGUAAGGGGGGAUGUUUUGAGUCCUUUUAGUUGAUGGUGUCAAAUUUCCAAAUUUUGUUUGCUUUGAAAUAGGGAUAUCAAGCCUAGUUCUCUUAAAUUCAAUCAACAGCCAGAUGGUGCUUGGUUUUUACUUAUUAAUAUUUGAUUAUAUCUGCUCAUACUUUCAUGACUAUUAAAGUGGUUUCUUGGUUA